GACUGCGCAUGCGCGGAAUGAUGUCUUUAUUCAGGUUAAUCGCUUAGCCGGAUAGUGUUAGCAAGAUGUAUAAAUUCUGCCUCAACUAAUCCAGAGGGUUGUUUUAUGCCUCUGAAACAGUGUGAAAAAGCUAUGAAAACACCGAGCGAUGGCCAGAGAAAGAGCAGCUUUCUUCAGCCCGUUCGAGCAGGAGAUAAUCCUGAAGACUUUUGAGGAGUACAAAGCCAUCAUCACGGCGAAAUGUAACACAGCUGCUGCGGCCAAAUCCCGAGUGGAAGCCUGGCAGAAAAUAGCCGACAGAUUAAAUGCCGCCAACCCCAACAACGUAAAGCGCACCUGGCAGCAGGUCAAAAUUAAAUACAAAAACAUUGUGCAAUGUGCGAACAGGAAACGGAAGCAGAGGUUUGGUGGAGGUUUAGCGACGACCGGCUUUUCACCCGUCGAAGAGGUGGCGCUUUGGCAGAUCAGAGGUCGACCGGUGAUAGAUGGCACCAUUUUGGGCCUUUCCUCCAAGCAGACUGGCAUUAGCGUUGGGAGGCCGAUAGCUACAGAGCCAGAAAGCUCUGCAACUCUUAUACAGACAGCACCAACCAUUCUUGAUUGUGCAGAAGAUCCCAUUGAGCGAUCUGAUUCAGAACAUGAUGAGAAGAACAUUGUGGUGUGUUCUCAUUCAGAAGAGGGGACUGAAGCGUACACAAGUCAAGAAGAUUCUGGACCCUCGGGACCUGCUGAUGGAGAGAGAGACGAAGAUGUGACGGCGCUGUAUAAACGUUACCUCAGACAGGAAAUCGCGUACCGGCAAAUGAAGAUGAAGAAGCUCGAGAAGGAGAUCCAGCUGCUCGAUAAACAGCUGGAUGUGAGUUAGGUCAGUGAACUGAUUAUUAGUAGGAACACCUGAAAUGAACUGUGUGUCUGAGAUAUAAAAAAUGUAGGCUCCUACAGAUAAAAAAACCCCCAAAAAACUGAUAACAUCAGCUGAAAAGUUCAACAGAUGCCAGUCUAAAACUAACUUUCGGAGGAAAAGAUCAGAUUUAAACUCCAUCGUCCGUUCUACCAGAGACAGCAUGAGUCGAAUCAGGACACUGCUUAAAGUAUGAAUGGAGCAGUGGGUAACGCUCAACAAGGCAGCUACGUAUAUCAUGUUGAAUUUGACCUUAGAGUCGCUGAAGGAAUUCUGUAUAUAAAAUUGGAAUCAUGGAUUAAAACACUAGUGAUGUAUCUGAAAGCUCUGGAAGCCCAGGAGAGAAUAGAGAGAAAGCAGCCUGUUAUGGAAAAUCAUCUCAUGGUGUGUGUGCGUGUGCAGAGAGAUGAACUGAUUAAACACAUUCAGAGGAAAGCGCUAACUGCCCUCCUCCGCAUACCUGAGUUCACAGAUGGCCACGAUUAGCUAGCACCACUCUGAUUGACAGGAGAGAAUAACACAGUAACUCCACCCCUCUCAAUCAGAAUGGAGAGUUAAUACUGUCUUUUACAACUGAUACAUGAUUUUGACAUUUUUGUUACAGUAAUGGAAUUCACAGCCAACAUUAUCAAAGUUAUUUUAUUAAGGGGUCCAAGCACCAAAGUCAAAGUCAGUUCUGCCAGUGGAAAGAAGGAAUCAGACUUUAUUUUACAGGUCUCUGGCUACAAAGAAUUUGAGAACAGCUGUCGAAAUGAUUAUCACCCAGAACGUCUUGAUGAAUUCAGUCCUUCUGGGUGUGACGAUCGCUGUGCCUUAAUACCGUCCUCUAGCCGAGCCACCUGGGUACUUACCUGCCAUUAUGAACACAUCUUGACUCCUCCAAUUACAGUCCGAUCUCCAAAAUGAAUUUUCCAUCUAAAAUUUUGGAGAAAAUAAUUGUCUGACAGCUCUUUUAUUUUCUGAGUAGAAAUAACAAGCAGAAUGAUUUAUAGGCUGCUCUGGCAGCGCUGGAUAAAGUGGUAAAUAACCCACUGCUUGCCUCGAUGUAUUGUGUGUAUUCGGUUUCAAUGCAGUUUGUUGGCACUGUUUUGAAAUCGAGUGCAACCUUUGACUUUAAAAGCCAAAGAAUUAAAUAUGACCAUUACAAAGCGCUGACACUGGAGACUCCUUCCAUAAAUGUUACAUAAAUGACAGAAAAUUUCACAUCAACUUUUUUUUUUUUUUUUAAAGUUCCCAGUGAAUGAGCUGUUCCGAGCACUUUAAUAUAAACCCGUGAUGUACAGCUGUGCUACUCUCAGAGCUGCUGUUAUAGAAAAUGAAUUGAUGCCUUCUGACCAAUCGCAAUCCAGAAUGAAAGGCCUAUAUAAGGUAGUUUUUCAUAUACACUGCGUGAUUGUAUAUGAAAUGUACUGGAUUAUUUUCUUCAGCAGUCUCUGCGGGAAAGCUGUGACGUGUCGAACAUGUUUAUGAGUUUAGAUAAAGACAGUUGUGGAAAAAUGAUAGGGGCACAGUGAAAUCCUGAACCUGCACACACAAUGGUAUGGUUCCACAACAACAACACUUGAUGAAGUUCUGUGUGAAAGACGUCAGAGCAGCGAUGUGAAGCAGUCAGUGGGUGUUUAGCAUAAACACACAAGCAGAAGUGUUUUUAAAGCAGGGUUUCCACCUGAUGUGCCUCACAGCACUCCGAUGCGGCUUUUCACUUUCAUACUGAGUGUUAGACUGCUGUGUUCAGUCACCCGAACCCUCCCUCAGCGUUCAGCAGCUGCUCUGUGCUGGGAUUCAGACUCAUAACCUCCUGAUCACUGACACCUGAAAACCUCAACCUGGCAUAGAGAAACGAGACACAAUCUUUCUUUCUUUCUUUGUAUUCUGUUUCUUGCAUAUAUUUUUGUUUCUUUUUGUUCUUUUAAAGCUCUUUGUCCCUCGCUGUUUUGUCCCUCAGAUGUAGAAAUGUAAUUUUCCUUUGCUGCAGGACUCUUUUUGUCGCUCGCUGGCUUUCAGCUUGUUUUCAUGUCUACGCCCUUAUUGUUCUGCCUGAAUGACUUCUGUGUAACUUCCCCCCCGAUACGAGUCCUGGCCCUGGGCCUGCAUUCUGAGGAAGAGAUAACGGAAGCAGGAAAUUUCUCUGUAAGUCGACCGAGAGCACUUGUUUUCAGGUAUUAUCUCCUUCCCUGCCCUCCUCCAAGCCCCGACUUGGCUUUGCGCCUCGUCUUUCGUCUUUCCACGCUCGCUUCCCCGGGAACGUGACGUCAGCGAACCUCGGCCCUCACUGCUUUCUUCAAAAAUAAACUCCCAGGAUUCCUCGGCUCCUGCUGGAAGUGCAGUGGAAAAUGCUGGCCUCAGAGUCACUGCUGCUUUAGUAAACACACUGCUUUUCUUCUCAGGACUCAGAAACUCAGACUUCUCUUUAGUGUUUAGUCACUUUCUUAUAAGCGCGCACACACACACCACAACAACAACCUUUCUAACUUUGCCACACUUCCAGUCAAUGUUUACCCUUUAAAUCUCACAGAAAUACUGACACACGGUCAGAAAAAAAAACAUCAUGUUUAACACAAUAAAUUAUUUUUCUUUGUUUUGUUGUUUCUUUUCUAUUUGCCACUUUCUGUCUUCAUUUCUUUCUUUUGUUCUUUCUUUGUUUUCUCUCUCAUGGUUUACACUCCUCACUAUUACAGCAGUAAUAAUGGAUUGUUAAUGUUAUGCUGAAUGAGUCCAUGUUAAUCGCUUCUCUGCAUGGCCUGAAUUCAGCCGUAU